UGGUGCAUGUGCUGUGUAUUUGUCAAGCGUUAUAAUUUUCUUUUUAUUAUGUCUUUGUCCGCGCGUGACUUUGUGUUGCAAGUAAUACAAAAAUAUAAAUCAUAUCCAUGUUUAUGGCAAGUAAAACAUCCUGAUUAUCACAACAAAGAAAAGAGAAAUGCAGCGAUGAAUGCUUUGUUGGAAUUGUUUAAAACAAAGGAUCCACAAGCCAACCUAGAUACGGUUAAGAAAAAGAUUACCACUUUAAGAAAUUGUUUUAAAAAGGAAUUAAAUAAGGUUAAGGCAUCAGAAAGAUCUGGAACAGCAGAAAUUCAUGUCCCUAAGUUGUGGUACUACAGUGAAUUGUUCUUCUUAGCAGAUGUGGAUGUACCAAGGGUCACAAGAUCAGUGAAUUCCAUCCUCGAAGACAUGACAUUUGAAGAUAGUGCUGAGAAAUUUAGGGUAACACAAGAGCAAAGAAAAGUAAUGCUAGAAUUUAUGAUGGAGCACCCGGACAUUUCACAAGGUCGCGUUCCAGAUGCUGAAAGUGCACGAAAGAAAGACGAAAUAAUAAAAGAGCUGGCCCGCCAUCUGAAUGCAUUGGAGUCUGGUACAACCAAAACACCAGAAAAAUGGUGGAAAUGCUGGCUGGACUGGCGUUCAGACACCAAAGCCAAAGCACUCCGAAUGAAAAAAUACUUGGAGGGAACUGGUGGUACACAUAUCCCUGCGCCACUAUCAAAAUUAGAAGAGAUUCUUCUAGAAUUUUCCGGAGUAGAUCCACUUAUGGGAACCAGACAAGACACAGAUUAUGCUUCUGAUUGUGCCUCAGAGUCACUAAUGGAUUUUAAGCCUAUUGAAAUUUUCAACACUUUAGAAGAGUGUUGCAACAGUAAAAAAACGGGAGGGAAGAUUAGUGAUGUUAGUAAACGCUUUGGAUUCAGUACCUCUACCGUGGCCACGAUAUGGAAAAACAAAGAAAAAAUUCUCCAAGCUAAGGUCGAGGGGAAAUGUUCGAAAAAAAUAAAGAAACCUAAAUACGCAGAUUUGGAUCAAGUUAUGCUAUCAUGGUAUCACGAACAGAGCCAGAAGAAUAUACCUAUCUCGGGGCCGCUCAUAAAAUUAAAGGCAGAGAGUUUAGCAGAAGAACUUGGUUUAACUUCUUUCAAAGCAUCUGAAGGAUGGCUCGGAAAAUUCAAGCAACGCCAUCAUAUCAACUAUGGUAAAAUAGAAAGAAAAGAAGAAAGUCGAAGGCCAACUUUGCAGGAAACCAACUCUGGAAGUGAAGAUGAAGAAUCAAUUGUAUUGGAUCCUGAUAGCGAGCUGUGGGGUUUCUUUGACAAGCAACCUCACAAUAAGGCCAAAUGCUCUAUGUGUGAUGAACGGCUUAGGCGGGAUGCGGACACACUGUACAAACAUCUGAAAGAAAAACAUUCUAAGAUCUCCCAGAACUUGGAGUACAAAGACAAUGAAGAAAAUUUCACGGAAGUAAUCUACCUAGAAGAACCAAUAGAGUCGAUUAAGGAGGAUCAGGAUAAAUUGUUGUUUGAAGUGCAACCCAAGGCCAAGAAAUCAUUUAAGAGACGCUACAGCACAAGAGACGAUGUCAAGUACAUUGAACCAAUUAAAAGCCAAAGUAAGGACGAUGUUGAAAUUGAAAACUUUGGAAAAUAUAUCACAGGAUUACUGAAAGGUGUACCAAGGGCAGCCAGUUCGAAGCUUCAAAUGGAUAUUGUGACGAUGAUUAUGAAUACAAAAAUUAAUUUACCAACAACACCUGAUAUAGACAGCGAAGUGGUUGAAAGAAGUAAGGAAAGUGAUCCGCCGGAUAUAGGACAAGAGAAUCAGGAAAACCAAGACAAUUUAGACACAACGACCUCCAGCGAACUCGGAACAAAUCAAGACACGCGCAGCCCCAAACGACCCAAGCGAAGAAUCAGCUACCGCGAAGAAUACUCGUACAAGAUCAACCUAACGGAGAACGAAGAGCGGGAAAUCGAAAAUUUCGGAACAUACGUCACAUGCUUACUCAAAACGGUCCCAGAGAAUAAAAUUAGCGCGAAACUUCAAAUGAAUAUUGUCAAUCUUAUUAUGACAGCUCGGUUACAGGCUCUACAGAAAAAUGUACCGGUUUUGACAAUUAACGGAACCAUAGAGUUAGAUAAUACAAAUGUAGAUGAUAAUCAGGUUAUGUUUACGGAUAGUUAAUAAAUAUAUUAGAUUUAAUUUAUGUUUAAGGGAAUAAAUUUUAUUUCAUAA